AUGAUUCUGGUGUGGCACUGGCCCUUUGGGUAUUCCGCCCAACUUAACCCCAACAUCUGCAGCGAGACCUACAGCAUUCCCAAGUGCAUCCUGGUGGACGAUCGCUCUUGGUUCCCCAGGGCCGACUUUGUCGUCUUCCACAACCGGGAUCUGAUUGCUGGCACCUGGGAGCUGCCGACAGAACGUCCACGGCCCCCCCACCAGCGUUGGGUCUGGUUCUCGAUGGAGAGCCCUGGGAACAAUGGGAACUUGAGACCCUUUGCAGGUUACUUCAGCUACACCAUGUCCUACAAACGGAACUCCGAUUUCUACAUACCAUAUGGAAGGCUCGUGCCAAAGGCGCCGGUGAAGGGUGUGACGGUCGAUGAUUUCAUACCAAAACAUAAGUCUUCGCUGGCAUGUUGGGUUGUGGGCAAUUUUUCGCCCAAACAUAGGAGAACGUCUGUGUACAAUCAGCUUAAGAACGUCAUUCAAGUGGAUGUUUACGGGGAUCCAUUUAAUAAGCCUCUGAGUCAAAGCAGUCUGCUCCCCACAAUCUCCCGUUGCUACUUCUACCUGUCUUUUGAGAACUCCGAGUUCAAGGACUACAUCACCGAGAAGUUCUGGGAUAACGCCCUGUUGGGUGGCGCCGUGCCGGUGGUUUUGGGGCCCCCCCGGGCGGACUACGAGGCGGUGGCACCAAAAGGGUCCUUCAUCCAUGUGGACGACUUCAGUUCUGUGGAGGAACUGGGGACGUUCCUGAAGGACCUGGCCGAGGAUAAGGAACGCUAUGCAUCAUACUUUACCUGGCACCUGAAUUACAGCCUUCAGACUCUAGGCAAGUGGGAGAAGGUGAUGUGUUCAAUUUGCAACAUGACUGACAGUCUGCAACCUAAACAGGUCUACAAGGACCUGCAGGCUUGGGAGUGGAGUAAUGAACUCAGUACUGUUCCACCGUAACAGAGAGAAAGUGUCAUUCAGAAAGGGAUGUUUGUGAUUUUGUUAUGAUUUUAUAUUAAUAUAUUUCCAGCGAUUAUGGUUUUAAUAGGUGAGUUACACCAAAUCAUAUUUGUGUAUGACAUGACUGUAGUCUUGUUUUGUGUGAGCCCUGUCAAAAAUGGCCUGAAUAGGUAUCGCUAGCCAUUACGUAGCCUGCAGCAUACUGCAUGCUGUUCAUUGUCUGUGGACAUUUAUAGGUUUAUUUCGGUUAUUUAAUGUGGUUGUUCAAAAACCUCUUAGAAUGGGUACACGCAGUUGUUGAUUACAGCUCAAAUAACCACCAGAGAGUCCUUGGAUGGGAGAGACACACACCUCUGAGUGUAUUGAAAAGAAACAUGAGAAAAAUAAUAAACACGAUCAAGGCAUCAAUGGUUGUGUUUGACUCAAGUUUGUAUAGGACAAAAAUCGUUUUCCAGUGUGCAUAAAAUGUCUCAGAGGAAUGACCCUAAAAUUCUAUUCUGAUGGUCAUCUAGCCUUACAAUAUAUCUCUCUGUUGUCACUAGCCUCACCUGUAACAAUUGUUCACGUGGUUUAGCUUAUCUGAUUUAGAUGGGAUGAAGAGACCUGUGUCCUUAACCUUAAUGAGGACAGUUGAUUUUAGAGGUAGACUAACUUGCAAUAGGGAGAAUGGUAGCCUUGCGAGCUAGACCCACAUCAAGAUGUAGUUGGGAAUAGAGAAAGAAUCAAGAAAGAAUAGUUGUUGACUGCUUCUUAUAAUCACAAAUGAGUCUAUAUGUUAUCCUACAUAGCCCUUUCUAUGUACUUCAGAUGAUAUGAUUUCCUCUUGUCUGAAAGAUGUGUGUUCUCUACUGCUAUUGUCUUGUUUUCCCUGUCUAGUGUUUUUCCAUCAAGGUCACAUGGCAUGAUUGUUUUGAACCACAUUUUAUGGCAGCUUUUUCGAAACACUUGUGCCUUGCCUUGCCUUGCCUUGCCUUGCCUUGCCCUGCCCUGCAUUUGGGUCCAACACUCCGCAAGACUGUGACACAUACUGUACUCUGACUUAGAAUUGUGUAGCUUGGAACUGUAUAGAAGUGAUACCGAAUAAAA